UCAACAGUAAAUACGCGUCUCAGAGAUUCCGGAACGACGAACACUGUUUCCGGGGCUUGAUUCACUCUGCGAUUUUGCGGGGCAUAGUGUGAGGAAAGUAAAUCAAUGGGGGGAAAUCUGAGGUGCAACUGACGGCGCUGCCCCGACGGUGGAAGGAAAUAAGAACCGAGGCCGAGGGGGUAGGAGGCUCACCGAGGCCGGGAGGACGGCGGCCUGGUAAGGCAGCAGCUAAUCUGCAGAGUAUAUUAGUGUCAUUAAGAAUCCCCCAGCUGCAAAUAAGUGAAAUGCAAGGAGAAAUGUCAAACAUUGAUGGGUUACCGUUAUCAAGGGAAAUGCAGGACUUACAGAAUCGAUUUAAUACAAUGAUGCAAAGAAUCAACAGCAACUCAAAGGUUGCAGCCUUCAUGAACUCCUCUUUAGGACGGUACUUGGAUGACCACCCCUUCCUUGCCUUAUUACUGCUUGUUUUUACCAUAAUGUCAGCUGUGCCUGUUGGCUUGUUCCUGAUUUUCGCAGUGAUUACAUCCCUUCUGGCCUGUGUUGGUUUCAUUAUUAUGGAAGGUCUGAUGCUGUCAGUAGGUGGAGUCAUCCUCCUUUGUUUUCUAUGUGGAAUGGUUCUCAUUUCAUUGGCCAUCUCUUCUCUUCUGACUAUUUGCUAUUUUACUUUCUCCACAACGAUGAAUUAUUAUCACAGUUCAAGCGUUGCAAGCAAGAAAGAAGAAACCAUCAGCUCCUCUGCAAAAUUGUAUCCAGCUGAUACGGAAUCUAAAUCCACCUUGAAGGAGGAAUAGACACUAAUAUACAGCUAGAGUUUCUGCAUUAACUUCUAUUUAUGGAAAACUUCUAUUUUUCUUUCUAUGAAGAGGACUCUGUGUUUUGGAAUAACGUUACAUUUUUGUUGCAUCUCAAGCUGUUAGGUUGUUUUCUAUCAUAAUGAGAAUUUUUGUCCAGUUUAAACUUAAAGGAAAUCUGUAUCAACACGUGGCCAUUUCGAUGUUUUCUAACUACUACUUGAUAGUAAUAUUUUUGAUCUGUUAAUUAAUUUAACAUUGAAAUCAAUAAUAAAUAAUCCUAAAAAUUGAUUUAAUACAUUUUGAAACACAAGGACAGUGGUAUAUAAAGAACUGAAACUGGGGACAUAGGUAGUUUCUGUCUGUUAAGAAGUUUGAAAAGGCUACAAACAAUGAAAAAUCCAACAUUAGGGAAGGAUGAAAUUCAUUGUGGCCAUUGCAUAAAAAUCCUCAUUUUGUACUUGCCUAAACUGUCAUUAAAUUAUUGGGAUUAAAGAGAAACAUGGUCUGUUUCCCAAUAUUUCUUGGAGAGAGCAACAUAUAUACAAUAUAACCUUUUGUUUUUAACUGGCAUUAGUAUUUUGACUGUAUUAAUAAUGCAAUAGUCACCAAACCUGUAUUAUGUGCCCUUAUUAUAUUUUACGUGUUGGAAUUAAAGUUGCAGAGUGAAUAGAAACGAUUUACCUCUACAGU